AUGAUAAAAAGUCUACCAUUCGCCACUUUGCUCGCUGGCAUCAUUAGUGUUGCUUUAGGUGCGAGCUUUAUUGGCAGUAAAACUAUGGCCACUGUGAAAGUAAGUGCAAAUAUUACUGUGAUUAUCGUUGCACUCGUACUCAACUUAGGU